AUGCCCGCCCUCUUGAGUCUACCGGUCGCGCUCGCGCUUCCGGAAUGUCCCGUCACCUAUCCUGCUCCCGCUUUCGAUCCCCAGGCUAGCACCAACGUCGCCGUCUAUUGGGGUCAAGGGUCGGACCAGAGCCGCCUGGUCGACAUCUGCCAAACUGGCGCCUACGACAUCAUCAACAUUGGGUUUAUCAACACGUUCCCUAAUGAGUACGGCAACCCGGGAGCCAACUUCGGCAACCAAUGCGGGUCGGAGCGUUACCCGAACUCAGAUCUCCCAAGCAACUGCCCUUGGAUCGGCCAGGAUAUCAAGACAUGUCAGGAUGUCUAUGGAAAGAAGAUUUUCCUGUCUAUUGGUGGUGCUUCGCCAAAUGACUACUACCUGAAGGACAGUGACUACGCCGUCGCCUUUGCCGAUUUCCUGUGGAAAGCGUUCGGUCCUUCGAAAAACGAUGGAACUCCGAGACCUUUCGGCGACGCCGUUGUCGACGGCUUCGACUUCGAUAUUGAAUCGCUGAUCACGCCCGCACCUGCCGACGCACCGAACUAUCAGUCCCAGUACUAUCCGGACAUGGUCAACCACUUCCACGAUGUUCUGUUCCUCGAAGACACGUCCAAGAACUACUACAUUUCUGGUGCUCCUCAAUGCUGGUUCCCGGAUCCCAACCUUUCCGAUGCGUUCGCAUCCUCAUGGUUCGACUUCAUCUUCGUUCAGCUCUACAACAAUCAGGGGUGCAACGCUCUCGCAUCGUACAUGGAUACAAACAUUGAUUUCCUGAGCUACACCCUCCCGGGGCUGGUGAGCACAUUUAGCCGCAAUCCUGAUGUGAGGGUUUUUGCUGGUUUGCCUGCUACCACUGAAGGCGCACCCUCCGAUCCUGGUGCCCACCUGUCACCAGAGCAGGUCUACACUUGGUUUGAAAGAGAUCUCAGUUGGAGCCCCAACUUCGGUGGUUUCAUGCUCUGGGAGGCCACCCUUGACCAGCAGAGCACCGAAAAUGGCUACAUUUACUCCGAGUAUAUGAAGGCAAUUCUCACUGGCUGCGGAGACGGCUGUGUGCCAAACUCGCAGUGCAGCUUCCUCCAAUACAAGCCUAACAAGCUCGAACUCCCCGUCUCGACGGAUGGCACGUGUGGUGCGUCUGGCCAAACUUGCGAGGGGUCCACAUUUGGAAAUUGCUGCAGCCAGUGGGGCAACUGCGGCACGACUGAUGAGUACUGUGGCGCGGCCUAUAACUGUGACAUCAGAUACGGCUUGUGCGGCGACGACGCAAACCUGGCACCGACGUGCACUUCUUCCACUGCGAUCACUCCUACGCCAACGCCUGUUGUCACUCCCGUCGAUACACCUGUUGCCACUCCUAUCGAUACGCCAGUUGUGAACACUCCUGUCGAUACGCCGAUUGUCAACACUCCUGUUCUGACUCCGCCGGCUGUUAACACUCCAAUCUCAACCCCGGCUAUCGACACUCCUAUUUUCACUCCGAUUAUCGGCACGCCUGUUCUCACUCCUCCUGUUGUGAAUACUCCUGUUUUCACGCCCCCGGUUGAUACACCCGUAUUCACUCCUUCUCUUAACACAUCGGUCAUUAACACUCCUGUCUUCACUCCUUCUGUCAACACUCCUGUCGGCACGCCUAUCUUCACUCCUCCUGUUGAUACACCGGUUGUGAACACUCCGCUUGUCACGCCAUCUCUCUACACUCCGCCCGUUCUUUCACCAAUUGGCAACCUGUCUAUCCACCUGUCGACUCCAAGUGCGUCGAGCCUUGUGGGAGCUUCCGGCACCCCCCUCCCCAGCUCCGCUCAAGUCUCUGGUCCCACUGGUUCUUCCCCCAAUGCAGUGUCUGGGAUCACGUCGGCGCCGACUCCCCCUGGUUCCCUUUCGGCUCCGGGAGAUGUGACUACCACUGUCAUCACCACGACAUAUGUCGACGUUUGCCCUACUGGCUUCACCACAAUCACGACAACCUACACGACAACCUACACGACAACGAUCUGCCCGACGCAGACGCCCUCUGCCAUCCCCGCCGGCUGGACCACUGUCGUGACCGUGUGUAGCAACUGCGGACCCCAACCGACCACUCUCACCUUGACCAGGCCUAUCUCCACCGCCGGUGGUUCCGCCCAGUCAUCUACACUGACGACAUCCACCGUCUACGCAACCCAGCUCGUCACCAUCACUGCAUGCCCGCCUUCGGUCACCAACUGCCCCGCCAACUCCAAGACCCACCUGUCUGUGGCCACCACCUUGGUCCCCGUCUCCACGACCGUGUAUCCUGUCGUUGUUAGCCCGUCAGCAACCAAGGCGGUCGACGGCCAGACCGGUCAGAGCUCCCAGGGUUCUCAAGGCUCUCAGAGCAGCCAGAGCAGCCAGGGCGAUAGCGGCAACGCCAACACCAACGGUGGCUUCUCGACCAGCACUGUCUACCAGACCCAGCUCGUCACCGUCACUCAGUGCCCGCCUUCCGUUACUAACUGCCCUGCCAGCGCGAAGACCGUUGCUGUGCUCACCACCGCGGUGCCGGCGUACUUGACCGUCGUCCCUGUCGCUACGACUACAACUCGGGUCGGCGGUAGCGGCAACUCUGUGCCCUCUGCUGGUGCCUCUGUCUCUGCCUCUAAACAGGUGUAUGCUGGUAGCAGCAGCAGCAUUGUCGUCGCGGUCCCCUCCGCCCAGUCCAGUGUCCAUGGCGGCUCAGGCUCCGGCUCCGGCUCCGGCUCUUCCUCUUCCUCCGUUUCUGUCGUUCAAAGCUCUAAUCCUUCCUCCUCUUCUGCGGUUGGUGGAUCUGUGGGCAGCAGCAACAACAACAAUGGCAGUGGAAACAGCAACAGCGGCAGCGGCAGUGGCGCCAACACCGCCAACACCAACGUCAAUGCCAACUCUCGCACGGCAGCGGCGACUGCAUUCACCUCCACGACGUCCCAGCUGGUGACCUUCUCCGUCAUUCCCGUGCCCGCCGCCUCGUAUUCGUCGGCCAGCAGCUACUACUACCCUCUCAUCCACUCUUCUUCUGCCCCUGCUGCUGCUGCCUCCUCGUCGGCGCACGCCGCCGCCGCGGGAGCAGCAUCAGCGCCGCAGAAUUACAACGGCACCGUCGUGCACCUGAACACUCCUUCUUCCUCCCUCCUUACUCCCUACAGCACGCCCACGUCAUCGAGCGCCACUCGCGGCAGCACCAGCAGCAGCAGCAGUGGUACCAAGACCGAUCAGGCGUCGGUGCCGGUGUAUACGGGUAGUGCGGCGAGCAUCGGCGUGCGCGGUGUGGUUGUUGGGGGCAUGGCGGCGGUUAUCGCUGCGGCGAUGAUGAUGUAG